GAAGGUGCGGGGUGGAAGGCACCCAACGGUCCCGCAAAUAGCCUCUCCCCAGGAAGGAGGGGAGGACACGCAGGCAGGGAACAGUCUGCGCACGCGUCGUGGGCGCUUUUUUUUUUUUUCUUCCCUCCCCCUCCCCCUUCCCCUCCCUCCCGCGGCCCCGGAAGCGGGAGCCCGAGAGGACGCCAUGGAGAAGUACGAGCGGAUCCGGGUGGUGGGGAGAGGCGCCUUCGGGAUCGUGCACCUGUGCCUGCGGAAGGCCGACCAGAAGCUGGUGAUCAUCAAGCAGAUCCCGGUGGAGCAGAUGACCAAGGAUGAGCGGCUGGCGGCCCAGAACGAGUGCCAGGUGCUCAAGCUGCUGAACCACCCCAACGUGAUCGAGUACUACGAGAACUUCCUGGAGGACAAGGCCCUCAUGAUCGCCAUGGAGUAUGCACCAGGCGGCACGCUGGCGGAGUACAUCCAGAAGCGCUGCAACUCCCUGCUGGACGAGGAGACCAUCCUGCACUUCUUCGUGCAGAUCCUGCUGGCCCUGCACCACGUGCACAGCCACCUCAUCCUGCACCGAGACCUCAAGACCCAGAAUAUCUUGCUGGACAAACAGCGCAUGAUCGUCAAGAUAGGGGACUUUGGCAUCUCCAAGAUUCUGAGCAGCAAGAGCAAGGCCUACACGGUGGUGGGAACCCCGUGUUACAUCUCCCCCGAGCUGUGCGAGGGCAAACCCUACAACCAGAAGAGCGACAUCUGGGCCCUGGGCUGUGUCCUCUAUGAGCUGGCCAGCCUCAAGAGGGCCUUCGAGGCGGCGAACCUCCCAGCCCUGGUCCUGAAGAUCAUGAGCGGCACCUUUGCGCCCAUCUCUGAUCGCUAUAGCACGGAGCUCCGGCAGCUGGUGCUGAGUCUGCUGAGCCUGGAUCCCGCCAGGCGGCCCCCGCUGAGCCACAUCAUGGCCCAGCCCCUGUGUGUGCGAGCGCUGCUCAAUCUCUACACCGACGUGGGCAGCGUCAGGAUGAAAAGGGUGGAGAAGCCCCUGGGUGGCAUACCCCCUGUGCCAGGCAGCCGAACAGGCAGUAGGCCAAGCGGCCCCCGAUCCCGAGGUGAGGCCUUGAACAAUAACAUCACACUCCUGUGGAGCCGGCCAGGUGUGCCCCAGGGGCCAUCCCGGCCGGCCAUCCCCCCUCCCCUGUCCUCUGUCUACACCUGGGGUGGCGGGCUCAGCGUGCCCACGAGGCUGCCCAUGCUCAACACGGAGGUGGUCCAGGUCUCGUCCGGGCGCACCCAGAAGGCCGGCGUCACCCGGUCGGGCCGCCUCAUCCUGUGGGAGGCGCCCCCCAUGGGCGUGGGGGGAGGCGUCCUGCUGCCCGGAGCCUUGGAGCAGCCACAACCCCAGUUCAUCUCAAGGUUCCUGGAGGGCCAGUCGGGCGUGACCAUCAAGCACGUGGCCUGCGGGGACCUCUUUACCGCUUGCCUCACUGACCGAGGCAUCAUCAUGACUUUCGGCAGCGGCAGUAACGGCUGCCUGGGCCAUGGCAGUUUCACUGACCUCAGCCAGCCUACAAUUGUGGAGGCCCUGCUGGGCUAUGAGAUGGUGCAGGUGGCCUGUGGGGCCUCCCACGUCUUGGCCCUAUCCACAGAGCGGGACCUGUUUGCCUGGGGCCGUGGGGAUGGCGGCCGACUGGGGCUGGGCACCAGGGAGUCCCACAGCUCCCCACAGCAGGUGCCCGUGCCCCCUGAACAGGAAGCCCAGUGGGUUGUGUGUGGCAUUGACUCAUCUAUGAUCCUCACAGUCCCUGGCCGGGCCCUGGCCUGUGGGAGCAACAGGUUUAACAAGCUGGGAUUGGACCGAGUGUCCCCUGGAGAGGAGCCCACCCCAACUGACCAGGUGGAAGAAGCCCUGAGCUUUAUGCCCCUUGGCUCUGUACCCCUGGACUCAGAGCCGCUGGUCAGCGUCGAUGUAGGCACUGCCCACUCUGCUGCCGUAACAGCCUCUGGAGAAUGCUACACAUUUGGCAGCAACCAGCAUGGGCAGCUGGGCACCAGUGCCCGACGGGGCAGCCGAGCCCCGUGCUUGGUGGCAGGGCUCCAGGGCAUCAAGGUGGUGAUGGUGGCUUGUGGGGAUGCCUUCACUGUGGCCAUUGGUGCAGAAGGAGAUGUGUACACCUGGGGCAAAGGUGCCCGUGGCCGCCUGGGGCGGAAGGAUGAAGAUGCUGGGCUCCCCAGGCCUGUGCAGUUGGAUGAGGCUCAGCCCUACACAGUGACCUCUGUGGCCUGUUGCCAUGGGAACACCCUGCUGGCCAUCCGCCCUGCCACAGAGGAAUCCAUACCACCUUGAGGAUCUCAGGCCACAAGAGAGAACAGAUACCUCCCCCUCCUCCCUCCUUGCCACCCCCAGCUGGUAUUGGGUGGCACUAGCUGGCUCUGCCUUCCAUAACUGUCAAAAGCAUUUGGGCCCGUAUUCUAUGGUGCUCCCCUCUAGUCAUGCACAGGGCACAAAGCCUUCCACGGGAUUGGAAACACCAGGCUUUGCCCCCCAACUCCUCCUUCAGCCCCUGCUUUGUCAUGCUAGGCUUGCCUGGGGGCAUUCCGGCCUGGUUUGGGUUCCUAAAAGCUUCUGUAGACAACCUGGGCAGGCAGGGAUGGGGCAGGUAUCAUGCCAGGCCUCUGGGAGACAGGCAUGGAGUGUCUCCCCAAGACAUGUCCACAGUCCAGGACAGGCAAUUCGUGGCCCCUGGACCUGUGUGGAGCCUGGAUGCCGGGGCGCGGGACACACGGCUCCAAGAGGCAUGAAGAGGCAUGUUUGGGCCUGUCCCUCUGCUUGCCUGGGGGAGGGAGACCAUCAGGAAGGGCAGCUGCCACCCCCACACCUGGCAGCACUAGUGGGUAUCAGGGAGAUUCUGGAGGGCACCUGGGUAUCCGCAGAGGUGUGAAGUAUAGAAAUUGGCCUGGCAAAGCUGUCCAGGGAGGCCAGAACAGGGGGCGGUGGCGCAGCUUCAGGCAAGUUUGCUCCUUUUUGGGGUCUGCAGGCCUUCUCCACAGGACUUUCCAGGGCUUGUGCUGGAAGGAGCAUCUCUGUGUGCUCUCUGAGAGGGGCCUGCAGUGCCCCCUCAGGGAGGUGACUGGGGUGGGGUGGGGGCUCCCACAGGGCUGGGAAGUGGCGCAAAUAAAGCAAGCUAAAGACCA